AUGGGGGGCGAGGGGGCGGGCCGCGGCGCCGCGCGCUGGCACGUGGGCGACUCGCCCCCGCGCGCGCCCAUGGGCUUCGCGGCGCCCGCGCAGGAUGCGCCGCUCGACCGUGGGCUGGCGCCUGCGCCAGCGCCCACCACGCCCGCCAAUGCCGUGCUGCAGCGGGCGCACUCCAGAUCCAUGUCGUCGCUACCACCUGAGCCGUUUAUGAUGCUGCGCGCGAAAGCGUUGAGCAAGCGAGUGAUCAUCAACGUGGGUGGAGUGCGGCACGAGGUUCUGUGGCGAACACUAGAGCGGCUGCCACACACCAGGCUCGGGCGACUCCGGGACUGCAACACGCAUGAAGCCAUAACAGAACUCUGUGAUGAUUACUCCUUACAAGACAACGAGUAUUUUUUCGAUAGGCACCCGAAAAGCUUCAGUUCAAUACUCAAUUUUUAUCGGACUGGAAAGUUACAUUUAGUAGAUGAAAUGUGUGUGUUGGCGUUCAGUGAUGAUCUCGAAUAUUGGGGCGUGGAUGAAUUGUACUUGGAGUCGUGCUGUCAGCACAAGUACCAUCAGCGGAAGGAGCAUGUACAUGAAGAAAUGAGAAAGGAAGCAGAGAGUUUACGACAGCGUGAGGAAGAGGAAUUUGGACAGGGCACCUGCGCACAGUACCAGAAAUGGCUCUGGGACUUACUAGAGAAACCUACGACCAGCAUAGCAGCCAGGGUGAUCGCGGUGAUCUCAAUCCUCUUCAUCGUGCUGUCCACGAUAGGGCUCACACUCAACACAAUACCCCAGAUGCAAGUAUACGACGACAAGGGGGCGCCCAUGGAUAAUCCGCAGCUGGCCAUGGUAGAAGCGGUGUGCAUCACAUGGUUCACGUUAGAGUACGUGCUGCGAUUCAGUGCCUCGCCGGAUAAAUGGAAGUUCUUCAAGGGUGGACUCAACGUUAUAGACUUACUGGCUAUACUGCCCUAUUUUGUAUCUCUAUUCCUGCUUGAAACCAAUAAAAACGCUACUGACCAAUUUCAAGAUGUGCGUCGUGUUGUGCAAAUCUUCCGUAUAAUGCGAAUUUUGCGCAUCCUCAAACUCGCGCGGCACUCGACCGGGCUACAGUCGCUCGGCUUUACGCUCAGGAACUCCUACAAGGAGCUAGGAUUGCUCAUGUUGUUUCUCGCGAUGGGAGUUCUAAUUUUCUCUUCAUUGGCAUAUUUCGCUGAGAAAGAAGAGCCGAACACUAAAUUUAUUUCCAUUCCGGAAACGUUUUGGUGGGCCGGCAUCACAAUGACCACAGUCGGAUACGGUGACAUUUACCCCACGACUCCGUUGGGCAAGGUCAUCGGCUCAGUUUGCUGUAUCUGCGGCGUGUUGGUAAUUGCGUUACCCAUCCCCAUUAUCGUCAACAAUUUCGCCGAGUUUUACAAGAACCAGAUGCGGCGCGAAAAGGCGCUCAAGCGGCGGGAGGCGCUCGAGCGUGCUAAACGCGAGGGCUCCAUCGUUUCUUUUCAUCAUAUUAACUUACGCGACGCAUUUGCGAAGAGUAUGGACCUCAUCGACGUCAUCGUAGACACAGGACACAACUUGUCGCAGGCGGACGCCACUAGCCUGGAAGGCGAGGCACCGGCCAUCACUGGUUGCUACAAACAGUACGAGCACUCUCUCAACAAUAAGCUCCAACAAGGCACUGAACCCAAUCAGUUUCAGAGCAGCCCUAAGAAAGAGCGUCGUUACUCGAAUGAAGGCCCUGAAACACCGGAAAAACGUUUGCUCAUAAAUCCUGAACCUACACCAGAAAAGAAGAUGGCUGACAAACAGCUUGACUUGGAUCAGCUGCCUUCUGAGUUUGAAUGUUGUUUUUGCACGUUCAAGGGUUAUAAGGAGUUCAUUGACGCGGAACAACUAAUGCCCAUGUCGACCUCAGACCUGCGCCAGCCGGUAUGCGUAGAACUCGCAUGUUUGCAGCGACAUCCUGCGCCCAAAGCCCUGCCCGAAGCCACACCAAACAGCUUGGACAGCCCAGAUACAUUUGCAUCAUGCCUUACGCACCCUUUUCCUUCAGAGGGCGACAUCGCAUGCGAGAUCGACUCUUCAAACUUGUAUGUGAAUCCUCUGGACGGUAGCGGAGGUGGCGGUGCCGGUGGGGGUGGGGACGGGGUGUCUGCUGACUUUAGCGGAGUGCGCAGGAGUGCAUCAGGGGAUGGAAGCGUGAUGUGUGCCAAAGGUUCGCAGGGCGAAGGAUCACCGCGAGGAUCGCGAGUAAGCCUGGCGGGCGCGGUCACUAGUGCAUGCGCGGGUGUAGCGUCGGGCGCAGUGAUUGGCCCGGUGAAAACAACCAGCACAAAACCGCUGGAUGCGUCGCGCACCAGUCUGCAACAGCCACUGGAGGACGCGCCCGCCGCCGCUGACGACACCAAGCCCAAACAUAGAAAGGCUCGCUUCCAACAGGACUGGACGGAAGAAGAGAGGAGGCCGCCGAGAGGGAUAGCUACGAGGAUCAUUAAUCAUCACAUACUUUUUGGUAAGAACGGCAACAAACGUGGCGGCGGCUGGCCACUAGAAACCGACUCUCGCUCGCGAUCUAUUCUCAAGAAUAAGGAGUCCCGAGGUACCGACAGCGAGUUACUGCUCCAGGAAACUACCUCGCUCGGUGCUAACGGAGAUUCCGGCAGCGAGUCGUCGCCGAUUAGAUUGAAAGACUUUAAAGGCCAGAAUCACAAAGGCAGUGCGUCGGAGCGCGAUAACCUUGUCACGUAG